AUAGCAACCAGCACGACCUCACCUCGCCUCCAUCUAUCCUCCAUCUAUCCUCCGCCGCCUUCGCGCAUCCUCUAUCAACACACAAAUCAAGCGCACCCAUCCCUACCCCAAGACGACACCCUAUCGACCAUGCCUGGCUUGACCUCAGCCUCCGGUGUUCUGGGUUUCCUCUCCGACACAGAGCCCGAGCUCAAAGUCUUUGCCCUGCAGACGUUGAACGAUGACAUCGACACGUUGUGGACCGAGGUUGCGGGUUCUGUAGGUCAAAUCGAAGCACUCUACGAAGAUGAAACCUUUCCCGAGCGACAGCUUGCAUCUCUGGUAUUGGCGAAGGUGUUCUACCAUUUGGGGGAGUACGAUGAGAGCAUGAACUUUGCUCUCGGAGCUGGAGACUUGUUCAAAUUGGACCAUGGAGGCGAAUUCGAGGAGACCAUUAUAUCCAAAUGUGUCGACACUUAUAUCAGCGCAUCUGCUGCUCGGCAUUCUAUCCCACAAGAAGCUCCCAGGGAUGCCGCCCUCCCAACUCUUGCGACCUCUUUCGUGAACGGAGCCAACGAUGCCAGUGUCACCGCCGCACUGACGUCUCCGACGACUCCGUUCUCGCAAUCUGCCUUGCCAUCAAAAUCACUUCUAUCGAGAGCUUCAACAGACAACGUGCAAGACCAACUCGUACAAAAGGGCAAGCCAGGUUCGGCUGUCUUGCCUGACCAGGCCACACAAGCAGCGUUGCAACAGGUUAUCGAGAGGCUGUUCGAGAGCUGUUUACAGGAGGGCAGAUACAGACAAGUUGUUGGUAUUGCUAUUGAGGCAAAGAAUCUUGAAGUGCUGCGGCGGGUUAUCAAGCGUGCUAGUGAUGAUGAGAAGAAAGCGAGAGGAAAGCAGGCCGACGGCGCUAGUUCGGUCACGGAAGAGCUGAUGGAGUACGUCCUCGACAUCUGCAUGGGCGUGGUGCAAGAGAGAGGCCUUCGAACAGAAAUCUUGAGAUUGAUCCUAGAUCUUCUGAAUGAUAUACCGACACCCGACUACUUUUCCAUCGCCAAGUGCGUUGUUUAUCUAAAUCAGGAUGAGGAGGCUUCAACGAUGCUGAAGAAACUAGUCGCAAAUGAAGAUCAAAAUUCCACAGCAAUUGCUUACCAAAUAGCAUUUGAUCUCUACGACAACGGAACCCAGGAAUUUCUUGCCAAGGUUAUGAAGUCCUUGCCUAAAAAGGCCGAGGGAGCAACUGCUGAGGCCAAGGAGAAUCCAACGGAGUCGGAUCAACUUCUGGGCGAAGUGAACAACAAUGCCGAAGACAUACCUGAUGCACAUUUUCAAAUUUUCGAUCGCAUACGCAAGAUCCUGGAUGGCAGCGAAACAAUCAGAUUGAACCUAGAAUUCCUCUACCGAAAUAACCACACGGACCUAAGCAUUUUGAACAGAGUACGCGACAGUCUUGAGGGCCGAAACUCCAUAUUUCACACAGCAGUCACCUUUUGCAAUGCUUUCAUGAACCAAGGCACAACCAAUGACAAAUUCUUCCGGGACAAUCUAGAGUGGCUUGGAAAGGCGGUCAAUUGGUCAAAAUUCUCAGCAACCGCUGCUCUGGGUGUUAUCCAUCGUGGUAAUUUGACGCAAUGCCGAAAGUUGUUGGAGCCUUAUCUUCCCCGAAGAACAUCUCUUGGUGGCUCGAUUUUCAGCCAAGGUGGUGCGCUUUAUGCGUAUGGUCUUAUUUACGCCAACCACGGUGCUGAGGCCCUAGAUUACUUGAAAGAGCAAUUCAACGAUGCUCAAGAGGAAGUCAUUCAGCAUGGUGGUGCUUUGGGGCUUGGUAUUGCUGGAAUGGCAACUGGCUCCGAGGAAAUCUACGAGAGCUUGAAGAAUGUGCUUUACACGGAUUCGGCACUCAAUGGCGAAGCUGUUGGACUUGCCAUGGGUCUUAUCAUGCUGGGCACUGGCAACAUCAAAGCUCUGGAGGAUAUGAUUACUUACGCUCACGAAACGCAACACGAAAAGAUCGUCCGAGGUCUCGCCAUCGGAAUGGCAUUGAUCAUGUACGGCAGGCAAGAGGGUGCCGAUGAGCUCAUUGAAGGUCUAUUGAAUGAUCCCGAUCCAACCCUUCGAUACGGUGGUAUCAUGACCGUUGCGCUCGCAUAUUGUGGAACUGGGAGCAAUAAGGCUGUGCGAAAAUUACUCCACGUUGCUGUCAGCGACGUUAAUGACGAUGUUCGACGUAUCGCUGUCAUGAGCUUGGGUUUCAUCCUCUUCCGAAAGCCUGGCAGUGUGCCUCGCAUGGUUGAGUUAUUAUCCGAAUCCUACAACCCACAUGUGCGGUAUGGAGCUGCCAUGGCUCUUGGUAUUUCUUGCGCAGGUACUGGACUGGAUGAAGCUAUUGAUCUGCUAGAGCCCAUGAUCAAGGAUCCUACCGACUUUGUUCGACAAGGAGCUUUGAUUUCCCUUGCUAUGAUCAUGAUGCAGCAGAAUGAAGUCAUGAACCCCAAGGUUGCAUCUAUUCGAAAGACCCUCAAAAAGAUUGUCGGUGAUCGUCACGAAGAUGCAAUGACCAAAUUCGGAUGCGCACUGGCUUUGGGUAUAAUUGAUGCUGGAGGACGCAACUGCACCAUCGGAUUGCAGACCCAGACAGGCAACCUCAACAUGGCUGGUAUUGUGGGCAUGGCUGUCUUCACACAGUAUUGGUAUUGGUUCCCAUUCACCCACUUCCUCUCACUGAGCUUUACCCCGACAUCUAUGAUUGGUCUUGACCAUGACCUCGACAUUCCAAGCUUCAAAUUCCACUGCGCAACCCGUCCGAGCCUCUUCGACUAUCCUCCAGAGCAAGAAGUCAAGACCGAUGAAGCGCCUACCCUUAUUGCUACUGCUGUUCUUUCAACAACGGCCCAGGCGAAGCGGAGAGCACAGAAGAAGGAGCGCGCGCAGCGAAGAGAGAGUAUGGAUAUUGACCAGACCCCAACAACGCCCAAGAUCUCGGCUCCAGCUGGUGAUAAGAUGGACGUUGACGAGGAGACCGCGAAGGACAAGGAAGGAAAGGCGGAAGAGAAGAAAGAGGGCUCGGAAGGCGAGAAAGAGGGAUCGACUCCCGCAGAGAUCGCCAAGAAGAAGUUCGAGAAGGAGAAGGUCGGCUAUGAUAUUGAGAACAUGUCAAGAGUGCUUCCAGCUCAGCUCAAGUUCAUCAACUUCCCAGCCGGCCGUUAUAAGCCAGUCAAGAAGCCAACUGGUGGUGUGAUCCUACUCAUCGAUACCCAGCCUCAGGAAGAGAAGGUCUUGAUUGAGGAGAAGUUAAAGAAGGCUUCCACCGCAAAGGCUGCCGCGCCAACAACUCUUGAGGACAUGCGCAACGAGUCGUUCAAUUUGCGGCGACAGGCAGAUGCCCAAGGUGAGGCCUCAGGAUCGGGUGCCGCGGCGGCCGCGGGUGUAUUAACCGCUUUCGACGAAGACGACGAGGGAGGAGAAGAGGCCGAAGUUCCACGGGAAUUUGAGUAUUUCUCAGACAACGAGGACGAGUCUUCUUAGAUGCGGUCGUAAUUUUAGACAUUAAUGCUGUUCUACCGCUAUUAAUUAGAAGCGGCAUACAAUGUACAAUAAAUAGUUAAACAUGGC